AGAGCCGUGGUGCCGGUGGACUGGACGGAAUGAGAAUGAUAGCGUAAAAAGCAUUGAGCACGCUCGCUGUCGCGCGAACUUCUCCGGGUAUAAUUGGUCGUCCUUCAUCGACAGCGGCGAGGAAGACGAGGCAGAGCCAGAGGACGUUGAAGCAUCAACAUCUCCCAACGAUGCUCUUUUUCAGCGCUCGCUAGGUGCGGGGCAGGUGGAGAUCAGGCUGAGAAAAGAGGGGCAAGAGGAUCGGGAGCGAGAAGACCAGCCCACUGUCCUUGACGAUCUGAAUCGUGCGGGCGUUUCUGCGUUCUUGGCGGAAGUACUGGAAUUCCCCUACCCCGUAGAGCUGCAGUUUGUAAGGCUUGAUGCCGG